ACGACAGAAAGUUAAGAUUAUUUUAGUUACAUUUUUCACCUCCGAUCUAGAACGUAGGGUGCUUAGCAUAAGAACAUCACAAUGGUCGACUAGGUUGAUUUUCGACAAGCAUCGAAGGUUGCAUGCGUUCCGACUAACCAACGAUAAGUAUUUAAAAUAAUACAAAAGAAAAAGGAUUACUUCGAUCACAGUCAUAAGAUAAUUAUGUAAUCCAAACGUCAACCGUCAUUUUUCGUAAACCGAAGGAAGGACGUCGUUAAACGAUGGCUUACUCCUCCAUCCUCUGUCAGAAAGUAUCUACGAAGGAGAACGUACGCAAUCUCGAUAUUCUUUACCAAAAUUCGUAUUUUUCCGUGUAUUCGUGAUGCACAAAUCGUUUUUGUGAGAUUUUAUUCUACAAUUUCCUAUUGUUUGCUCGAGUGUCGUUACGCGUUAAACUAAAUCGCAAAGGAUAUGGUGAAAGUGUAAAGUCUUUGUUCGUUCUUUCGUAGCAUUUUCAGUAAACAGUGUAAUGUUAGAGUGUGCUGUUUUCGUACGGAGAUAUAUGUAUAGCGAUAUAAACAUUACUUUUUUGAUACCUAAAUCCGUUCUCGAUCAACCGAUAUACCAUCGCUAUGGAUGCACGAAGAAUGUCUAACUGGAACGUACUGAGCGUAGAAGCUGCACUUCAACAGCUCAACAACUUUGACGACGAUAAGAAGGAGGUUAUAAAACGAUCGAAUACGACGAUAGAAAAGCUGCCAGACAAGGUAUUGCUAAACGUCUUCAGUUAUCUGUCUCAUCGCGAAAUAUGCAGGGUAGCACGUGUGUGCAAAAGAUGGCGGCAAAUCGCGUACGACACGCGAUUAUGGAAACACGUAUCUCUGCGACCGGAAAUCAGUGGAUUGCACGUGAAUUCUUUGGACAAUCUGCUGCACUUGAUCAGCACGCGUUUUGGAGCUUCGCUGAGGUACAUCGAAUUGCCGAUCGAAUUGAUCACCCAUACGGUUCUUCACGAAUUGGCGAAUAAAUGUCCGAAUUUGACUCACAUGCUUCUCGACUUCUCCACUGCCAUGCAGCUGCACGAUUUUUCGGAGAUGCAAGCCUUCCCGACUAAACUCAAGUACAUGUGCAUCUGCCUGUCAGAGGUAAUCUUCAUGGAGGGCUUUAUGAGAAAAAUUUACAAUUUUAUCAACGGCUUGGAGAUCCUUCACCUUAUAGGAACGUACGAGAAGGUGGAAGAGGAGGAGGAGGAAAUCUACGAAGUGAUAAAUGUGCACAAAUUGAAAUCAGCCACCCCUAAUUUGCGAGUAAUUAAUUUAUAUGGGAUCAAUUUUGUAGACGAUUCGCACAUCGACGCAUUUUCUUCCAAUUGCAUCCAGCUCGAAUGUUUGGCCGUGAAUUUCUGUGCCAAAGUCACUGGCUCAACCAUGAAGACUCUGUUUCAAAGGAGCAGAAGAUUAAAGUGUCUCCUCAUGCAGGGAACAAAUCUUCAGAGCGAAUACGUGAUGCAGGUAGAAUGGGAAAAGUCGAGCAUCCAGGAGUUGGACGUUACCGGGACGGACCUGUCAACGGAAUGUCUGAUCGACAUGUUGACCAGAAUUCCAGGCCUUCGUUUCCUCAGCGCUGGUCAGCUGAACGGCUUUAACGAUAGCGUGUUAAAAGCCUGGGCUGAACUCGGCAAUCCUCGGAACCUGAUCGCUCUAGAUCUGGAUAGUUCCGAUAACCUGACCGACGAUGGUCUGCAUAAAUUCUUGUCGAGAUACGGUCAUCAACUCUGGGGGCUCGCCUUAUUCGGCAUGCCUCACAUCACCGAUCAACUAUGGCAGAGCGUAUUACCCAUAUUGACCAAUGCCAAAAUUCUUGUAAUGGGAACACAGGAGAGGUUAGGCGUAAAUAUUCACGUGGAUCAGUUGAUGGACGGAAUUGCUAACAAUUGUCCAAAUUUAGAGCGGCUGGAACUCCGCUGGGAUCCUGAGAAUCUUCGAUUCUCCGACAAAAGUCAGAAGGCUAUAGAUAUACUACGUGUAAAAUGCAUUAAAUUACGGUGCUUAAGCUUGAGCGAUGGAAGAUACUAUGAAAUAGUAAAGGCCAAUUUUGAACGCGCCGACAGACUGACGGUCGUUCGUACGACAACGUGCUGCCGCGUGUCUAAUUACUACCUCUUAGCAAAUUAUAAGGAUUUGAUUUUUAAUUAACUAUUACGAUAUAAAUAUUUGUACAUACGCUGCAGGGAUUCGUACAUAAAUUCUUCCAUAAAAUACAAGCACCGAAACGAAGAAGCAUAUCAAGAAGCUAGCGAACAACGACAAUUACGAUCGAACAACGAAUCUACCUGCGAUUACUCAAGCACUUACUCCUGCCCACGAAAGACAGAUACAUAUUUUUUUACACUAUUUUCAAGCGCAUAGCGUGAGUAGACGAGAGGUCGAAUUACUUUGACCCUUGAAUCUCGAACCGUUUGAUAUUACUAUACCGUUACCUAUGUACUAUAUACGCUAUAUAUGUAUACUAUACAUAUACACCAGCAAAAGAAAGAGGAAAAGGGAAACAAAGAAUAGGAAAAAGACUAACCACGUAAUCAAUGAGAAUUAUUAGGAAAAACCUUGACACGUACAAGUACAAGACCUCGAUCCAUUACGUCACAGGGUAUUCAUAAUUAAUCGAAAGAUCGUCAUUGGAAAAAGUUUGUCAAGUAUAAUAUCGACGAGAGACAGAGGUACGCACCAUAGCUGUUCGUAUCGAUUAUUCGCUAAUUUAUUCAUGCAGCCGUGUAGACGACGACGACGUCGCACUGCCCACGGCCGGUCGGUCGAUUCGCUCGAUUUCAUUCUCUAGCCACAUGCCAGACCCUUCGUUUAUAUAUUGCAUUAUAGUCGACGCAGAACCGUCGUGGCCGACACGACUUUUCGCAUGAUUCCCGAAACUUUCCGUCAAUCGUCGCGUUUCUUCCUUUCGUGCUCCUUUUAUCCCGAUCUUCCCCAAUGUCUGACGUCGAGGAGGACCUACUGGUAAAGAAGUUGAAGAUCGUGCUGGUCGGUGAUUCUGGAUCCGGCAAAGUGAGUUUUCUAAUGUUCCCGGCGUUUAACCGGAAGUGCGAUCCAAGUCCCAAGCGACAGUGUACUUUUUCUAGUCUUUUGUUUUUGCGUUAAUGCGAAAUUAACAAAAUAUCGAUUUGACUUUCGAUCGUACAUUUUUGGAAGGGUAUACACAUACGAAACGUCGAUGUAUAUGAUUAAAUUGUUUCGAGUUCAGAGUGCCUGAGCUUCGAAGAACCAAG